AGACAGAAACAGCUGCGCAGCUCAGCCGCCAUUUUAUUUCCCCCCGCGGCUCCGUGUUAAACGGCCGAACCGAGCUCUCGUGCCGACCUGUUUUUCUUAAACUCUCCCCGGGCUUUAGAUAGCGAUGCCGGUCCAUCCGCUGCGUGUCGCGGUCGUAUGCUCCAGCAACCAGAACCGCAGUAUGGAAGCGCACAACAUUCUGAGCAAGAGAGGGUUUGACGUGCGUUCAUUCGGCACUGGAAGCCACGUCAAACUGCCUGGACCGGCUCCGGACAAACCCAACAUUUAUGACUUCAAAACCACUUAUGAGCAGAUGUACAACGACUUGGUCCGCAAAGACAAGGAACUAUACACACAGAAUGGAAUCUUACACAUGUUAGAUCGCAACAAGCGCAUUAAAUCCAGACCGGAACGCUUCCAGAGCUGUAAAGAUCAGUUUGACCUGGUCAUCACCUGUGAGGAGAGAGUUUAUGACCAGGUUCUGGAGGACCUGAACUCUCGCGAGCAGGAGACCUUUCAGCCGGUGCAUGUGAUUAAUGUGGACAUUCAGGACAAUCAUGAGGAGGCCACGCUGGGAGCGUUUCUCAUCUGUGAACUGUGCCAGUGUAUUCAACAUACUGAUGACAUGGAGAAUGAAAUGGAUGAACUUCUGCAGGAGUUUGAAGACAAAAGCCACAGACCGUUUCUACACACCGUCUGCUUCUAUUGACACACACUCAUGCUGAACACACUCGGCAGCCUGGUUGCCAUGGCAGCAGAGUAAUGGCAUGACAGUGCGCUCAUUUACAUGCAAGAACUCACACGUGAUGCAACAUGUCUCUCUGCCUGUCUCUCUCUCUCUCCUGUUUACUGUCAGCACAACCAUCAGAAGGGACGUUCUGUCGCAGUUCCUGCACACUGACUUUACCUCGACAGGAAGUCUUGAUUUUGGUUGUGUUUCAUAAGUUUGAGAUCUUUAUACAGACAUUGACUUCUGCCACAUUACUGCUGAAUGAACAGAGAAACAGUCCUACUUGAGCGAAAGGAAAAAAACAUCUUAAACUAGCUUUUGUUGGCUGGUUUUCGGGGGUUUGUGCACUCCUGCUGAUUGACCAGCUUGGCCUGGCUUGGACCAUCUUAAACCAGCUAAGACCAGCUUAGGUUUAAGAUUUUUUUAAUUUAUUUUCAGAUUGUUUCUAGACUAAAGCAAACUUUGAUUCUGUCAUGAAAAUCUCAUUUAGUCUGAGAUCUGAUCUGUGAGAGAGUUGAGCGCAUGGCCUGCAACCCGCGGCAAAUAUAUAAAAAUACCAGUAUAAUUAUUAGCAAGGGUUUGUGUUAUCGUUCUGAACUGUAUUUGACGAGGAAAUGAGCUUUUCAGGUGAAAUGAUGUUUAAAAAUGUUUAAGGACUAUAGAUCAUAUCUUUGAUUUUCUCAUGAAUUUAUUUGAGAAUUAUUUAAACAUUGGAUUUGAUUCCUGUUGGGGAUAUAUUAAGUUUUUCUUAUUAUUCUAUUUUGUAAAUGAAGGUGAGAUUCUGAAAUUGUACCUGAAGCAACCCAGAGUGCCUGAAAUUAUUCUUGUAAAUAUUGCACUAUAAAUGAGUAAGUCAAA